GGCUGGGAUCUGGGAUCUCCCGUAGCGUUAUCUGCCUUGGAGUUUUAAUAAUGGCUUGCUUCUGCUCUAGAUGGGACCUGCCUCCUUCCCACAUGAGCCCACGUGAAAACUGUCUUUUCUGGAGUACUCACAUGGGCUCUCCUAAGCUGCAGUCAGCAAUGUUUAUAAGGAGGCUAGAACGGGGCUCGGGGAUGUGUGGUCAGACCGCCUCUCCAGCAGACUGUGGGAAGGACCGGGCUGUUUCCCUUCUUGGUGGGGGAAAACUCACUUAGGCUAAUCAAGGAGCUUAUGAGUUCAGAGGGCAACUUACUGAACCCCUCUGGGUUCUGGCCCCUUCUCUGUAACUUGGGAUGUAUUUCUUUGCUGCAAGAUCCCCACGGUUGUGAUGGAAAUCGCUGUGAAGAGGGAUUGUAAUAGUGUUUUUUAAAAAUUUCUUCAUUGGGUGGGAGGUUUCUAGAUGCUAGGUUCCUUUUAAGAUCUAAAUCCAGGCUGGAGCAGCGGCAGGGCCUAGUUUUCCUCCUUGUAGUCUCUGGGAAAGUGGCAUGGGGAGUGCCAGUCAUCACCAUGUACCCAGUGGUCCUCUCCGGGGUGCCCUGAGUGUGGCCCCUGUCUGCUCGGGUUGGGGGAGGGGCUGUUGACAGGCAGUGCCAGAGGUUGCCACCAGCUGACUUCUGGCUUAUGCCCACUCCUGCCUAGCUUCCUCACCCUGCCUGCCUUGGCGGUGCAGCCAGCUCUCUCUGCCUCUGCCUGGAGGCUGGAGUGUCGGGCGCCCUAAGCACAUGCGUGUGAUGGCCGGAGCCCUGGAGGGGGACCUCUUCAUUGGACCCAAAGCAGAGGAGCACCGGGGGCUGCUGACCAUCCGCUACCCCAUGGAGCACGGCGUGGUGCGCGACUGGAACGACAUGGAGCGCAUCUGGCAGUACGUCUACUCCAAAGACCAGCUGCAGACUUUCUCCGAGGAGCAUCCUGUUCUUCUAACGGAGGCUCCACUCAACCCGAGUAAGAACCGGGAGAAGGCAGCAGAGGUGUUCUUCGAGACCUUCAACGUGCCGGCCCUGUUCAUCUCCAUGCAGGCCGUGCUCAGCCUGUACGCAACAGGACGUACGACGGGUGUGGUCUUGGACUCGGGGGACGGGGUCACUCACGCUGUCCCCAUCUACGAGGGCUUUGCCAUGCCACACUCCAUCGUGCGGGUGGAUGUGGCCGGCCGCGAUGUCUCUCGGUAUCUCCGGCUACUGCUGCGCAAGGAAGGAGCGGAUUUCCACACCUCGGCUGAGUUGGAGGUGGUCCGGACCAUCAAGGAGCGGGCCUGCUACCUGUCAAUCAACCCGCAGAAGGAUGAGGCUCUGGAGACGGAGAAGGUGCAGUACAUCUUACCAGACGGCAGCACGCUUGACGUGGGGCCAGCACGAUUCCGGGCCCCUGAGCUGCUGUUCCAGCCGGACCUGGUAGGAGAUGAGAGUGAGGGGCUCCACGAGGUGCUGGCCUUCGCCAUCCAGAAGUCUGACAUGGACCUUCGCCGGACGCUGUUCGCCAACAUUGUGCUCUCAGGCGGUUCAACACUUUUCAAAGGCUUCGGCGACCGAUUACUAAGUGAAGUGAAGAAGCUGGCCCCAAAGGACGUCAAAAUCAAGAUCUCGGCCCCACAGGAACGGCUCUAUUCCACGUGGAUCGGUGGCUCCAUCCUGGCCUCGCUGGACACCUUUAAGAAGAUGUGGGUGUCCAAAAAGGAAUACGAAGAGGAUGGUUCCCGUGCUGUCCACCGCAAGACCUUCUAACGCCUAGGGAGGGGUGGCCUGUUGGGAAAUGGAAGGAGAGGGGAGCCAGAGCCCUGAACCCUUUCUGGUCCAGGCUCACACUAGGCUUAGGUCCCCCGCAGGCCCUGAACCCUUGGGUGGGUGGGGCAGCAGUGCUUCCCUGCUACCCUCCCUUUUACACACAUGCGCACACACCCCUGGUAACAUUUAGCUGCAUGGAUGGGAUCUUGAGCUGGAGCAUAGGAGUGGAGGGGCCCAGCCUGGGGCUCCUCUUGGUGUCCUCAGCAGAGCCAGUUAGGCCUGUGGUUCCUUGCUUUGACCCUCGUGGAGGCUGCUGCUCCAAGCGCCAAGGCCAGACGCCCAACACCGCCAUUUCCACAGGCCUGGAUGCCUGGGGAGCUGCCCUUGGGGAGGGAGGUGGGGGAGAGUGGGUGGCAGUGCCCCACCAGUGCCACCUCCUCCUGGUCCAGCAGGGUAGCCUGGAGGGCCCCUCCGAAGGCAUUUCUGACCCUUUCACCCUGUCCUGCCGUCCCCUGGGGCGGGUGCCUUUGCGCAGGGCUGAGUACUGGGCGGUCUUCCGUCCCCACUGAGGGUGUUUGGCCAAGGCAGAGGGUGCACAGGGCGGGCGGUUGCAGUUUGUUGCGCUGCCUCCUACAGAGCACUGCUCCCUCUGCUUUACCCCAGCACCCCGGUGGGAAAGGAUCAGCGUCUUCCUUUGUUCAGGGGAAGCCACUUAAUCAGGAAUCGGGGCCCGAGGGGGAGAGGAAACUUCCUUUUCCCACCACCCCCAAGAAAGAGGUCUUCACUUACCCUUGGCCAAGACCCCACCACCCCCCACAACCAACCUGUCCCUCCAGAUGUGUAUAAUUUAACACAGUUGCCUGGAAAAAAAUUUUCUUUUUGUAAAUCAUUAUAGUAAUAAUUAUGAACAAGG